UUCUCCUGUCAUCCUCAUCCCCACGUUACCGCCAGCCCUAGGACGUAGAUUAAAGAGACUGUAAUCGAGCGGAACUCUCUUCACUCGCUGCGUUUGGCUUCACUCCGGCUCUCCUCCUUAGCCCCGCCUCGCCCCUCCGCUGACCAAUCGCGGCCCCAAUGCACUUGUAUUGGUGACGUCACCCCACAGCCAAUCUGGAGGCGGGCUGGAGCUGUAUGCGCACUUCGCGCCGCAGAGGCCGGGUUCUUUUCUUCCUAACCUGAGCGAGAGCAAAGCCAGGAGGAGAAAGAGGGGUCUUGGUUCCCAGGCACUUUCUAGGCUAUCCCAUCACUUCCCUUCUCCCUCUGCGCUGGAUUGACCUCUCUCCAGUUAAUUCACGGUUAUUCCCCAGUCCCCGUUUUACAGAUGAGGAAACUGGGGCUGGGAGUAUCAAAGAAACUUGCCCAGCCUCUCGGUUUCGAUGAGCAAGUCCUUCUGACUUUCAGUCACUACUUGGGCGGGGGCUUCCCUCCCUGUUGAGCGGAUCUCUGGGUAAGGAUCCCCGGAUCCCUAGCUUUAGCGAGCCCCUCUCCUGCAGUUCCUAGUUCUCUUCCGGUCUUGCUUCCAUACUUUCAGGCUGCGCUACAUGGUGAAGCAGUUGGAGAAUGGGGAGGUAAACAUUGAGGAGCUGAAGCAAAACCUGGAGUACACAGCUUCCCUGCUGGAGGCCGUCUACAUAAAUGAGACGCGGCAAAUCUUGGACACGGAGGAUGAGCUGCAGGAGCUGCGGUCUGACGCGGUGCCUUCGGAGGUGCGGGACUGGCUGGCCUCCACCUUCACCCAGCAGGCCCGGGCCAAAGGCCGCCGAGCAGAGGAGAAGCCCAAGUUCCGGAGCAUCGUGCACGCGGUGCAGGCUGGGAUCUUCGUGGAACGGAUGUUCCGGAGAACGUACACCUCUGUGGGCCCCACCUAUUCCACUGUGGUCCUCAACUGUCUCAAGAACCUGGAUCUCUGGUGCUUUGAUGUCUUCUCCUUGAACCGGGCAUCUGAUGACCACGCACUGAGGACCAUUGUUUUUCAGUUGCUGACUCGGCACAACCUCAUCAGCCGCUUUAAGAUUCCCACUGUGUUUUUGAUGACUUUCCUGGAUGCCUUGGAGACAGGUUAUGGGAAGUACAAGAACCCUUACCAUAACCAGAUCCAUGCAGCUGAUGUUACACAGACGGUCCAUUGCUUCUUGCUCCGCACAGGGAUGGUGCACUGCCUGUCGGAGAUCGAGGUCCUGGCCAUCAUCUUUGCUGCAGCCAUCCACGACUAUGAGCACACUGGCACUACCAACAGCUUCCACAUCCAGACCAAGUCAGAAUGCGCCAUCCUGUACAAUGAUCGCUCAGUGCUGGAGAAUCACCACAUCAGCUCUGUUUUCCGAAUAAUGCAGGACGACGAGAUGAACAUUUUCAUCAACCUCACCAAGGAUGAGUUUGUAGAGCUGCGGGCCCUGGUCAUCGAGAUGGUGUUGGCCACAGACAUGUCCUGCCAUUUCCAGCAAUUGAAGUCCAUGAAGACGGCCUUGCAGCAGCUGGAAAGGAUUGAUAAGCCCAAGGCCCUGUCUCUACUGCUCCAUGCUGCUGACAUCAGCCACCCAACCAAGCAGUGGUCGGUUCACAGCCGCUGGACCAAGGCCCUCAUGGAGGAAUUCUUCCGCCAGGGUGACAAAGAGGCAGAGCUGGGCCUGCCCUUUUCUCCGCUCUGUGACCGCACUUCCACUCUCGUGGCACAGUCCCAGAUCGGUUUCAUUGACUUCAUCGUGGAACCCACGUUCUCUGUGCUGACUGAUGUGGCCGAGAAGAGUGUCCAGCCCAUGGGGGAGGAAGACUCCAAGUCUAAAACCCAGCCCAGCUUCCAGUGGCGCCAGCCUUCUCUGGAUGUGGAAGUGGGAGACCCCAACCCCGACGUGGUCAGCUUCCGCUCUACCUGGAUCAAAUACAUUCAGGAGAACAAGCAGAAAUGGAAGGAACGGGCGGCAAGCGGCGUCACCAACCAGAUGUCCAUUGACGAGCUGUCCCCCUGUGAGGAAGAGGCGCCAGCCUCCCCCGCCGAAGAUGAACACAACCAGAACGGGAAUCUGGACUAGCCUGGGGCUGGCCCAGGUCCUCACCGAGUCCAAAGUGUUCGAUGUCGUCAGCACCACCCAUCGGGACUGGCUCCCCCAUCUGCUCCAAGGGAGCAUGGACAUCAAGGAACAGACACCCCACCCGGAGGACAGAUGCCAGAGAUUGCGGGAUUGGGGAAAGGGCCUGUCCCCGCCCGACACCCAUUGGGGCGCACUUUAAUCUCCCGGCGGCAAGACUGGGGAACUUCAGGCUCCCAGUGGUCACUGUGUCCAUCCCCCCCCGCCUCUGGACUCUCCCUAUGGCCAGAUGGUCGGCUGGAGGGGAGCUUCCUGGAGGCUUCCCAGGGCCUGCGGGGGAGGGUUGGAGAUGCCAGCCCCCUGGGUCCUCCCGCAUCCUUUUUGCCUCCAAGUUUCUAAGCAAUACAUUUUGGGGGUUUCCUCAGCCCCCACCCCAGACCUUAGCUGGCAGGUCUGGGUCCCCCUUUUCCUCCCCUGGGAAGGGCUGGAAUAGGAUAGGAAGCUGGGGGUUUUCAGAGCCCUAUGUGAGGGUAGGGGAGUGGGCUCCUUCAGGGCAUGGUACCUUUCUAGGGCCUGGGAAUGGGGGGCAUCCUCUUUACCCCAGACCUGCACUGCUUCAGUCCCAUCCCCAGCCCAGACCCUGCAAUCUUCCCUCUCUCCCAUUCUGAAAUGGUGACUGGGGGAAGAGGAGCCAUUGCCACCAGGGGCCGAGAGGAGGCCUUUCCUGGGGUGGCCAAGGACUCGGGACUGGUCUAGGCCCCUGGGGCUUGUCAUCUGCCCUGGCUGAGUCCUGAACCCUUUGCCUCCUUCCUCUCCCCUGGGGCUGGGAGGCUCCCAUCCGACCAAUGUCUGUACAGUGCUUUGAAGUCUCCCCAGCAAAGCACCUUCAGGAUACAUCCUACGGGCACAGGAGGGGAGAGCUGGGUUGGGGUCAAGGGCGCAUGGGGAGGGUGAGGUGUAACCCAGUAAUCCUGUGUUGCUGACAGAGAGGGUCCCUCCCCCUCCUAGCCCCGGCCCAAGAGGCCCCUCCCCAGGACAAGUGGGGAGUGGCGGGUGGAAGGCAGACGGGCAGGACUGCUGCUCUCAUGUCCUCUGGAGAGAGCCCAGCCAGGCCCCUGCCCCUUCCUCUCCUCAGGCUCCUCUCACCCGGCUUUGUCCCAGGAAGGGCCCAAGUCCAGGUGACUGCCCUCCUCCUUUCUUGUACCAACCAUGCAUUUGUACAGUGGGCCCUGUUCCUGUGAAGUCAUAUCCAUGGUCUCUUAGACCUGCCACCUGCCACUUGUCCCUCCUACCCCACCCUGAGUGGGGCAGAGACGCAUGAGACUCACCCCCACCCUUGGUCUCCCAGAAUCCUGCUAUAGCCAGAGAUCAAUAAAGAAGGGAGACCUGGC